AUGGAUGAUGCCGGCUACCUUCACUGUUAUUUUCAUGCUCUGAGGUCUUUGGAAGUGUCAGACUGCAAUUGUGUUGACUCGAGACUCGAAAAUCGGACUCACGGUCUUCGUUCUUGCAAUUGCAGUGCAACGUCCAAAAACUGGAACAGGCGGGGGGCUUUAAACAGUGGAAAUGCGCCCGCGGGUAUUCGUCGUCUUUUGCUACUCGUAGCAAAGAUUUGCGCUCGAGAGUCACCUCCCACAGAACCCACCGGCCCUCUCUUCCCCAUCCAGUGCCCGUUUCACAGUCGAUGCUCACGUCUGACUGUCCUGCACAUGCUGACCUUGAACUUUUGA